CUCUCACUCUGUCUCUCUGUUUCAAAGGAAAUGACCAGCAAGCCAUUUCACUUUAGCUUUGCCUUGUUGUUUGGUCUUCCUCUGUUUUUGUGAUCAUAAUAGUGAAGUGGGUCUGCUUCUGUAACCACAAUAGAGUACUUGAACAAUCAACUCUCUCACUCUCUGACACAAAUCCAGCUAAGCUAGCUCACAUUGCCCUAACUUGACUCACAAGCAAAAAUCACCAACAUUGUUUUUGUGGAACCAAAUUAAAGAAUUCGUGUUCUUUUCGCAAAACCCACACACACACUCUUCUUUAAAAACCAAAUCCUCAGUGUUUUUUUUUUUGUACCUCUUAUCAAUAUCCCAAUUCUUCUUCUUCAUCAAUGGAACAGUUUUCUUCAUUCCAAGGUUAUGGGGAUGACAUUACAGGACAAUUGGGAUUGAUUUGGCAGCAGCUGAAAGCGCCAUUGAUCGUCCCGGUUUUGAAGUUGUUAGUAGUGUUGUGUCUGGCAAUGUCUGUGAUGCUCUUUGUUGAGAGGGUGUACAUGGGUGUUGUGAUAGUUUUUGUGAAGUUGUUUGGUCGAAAACCCGAAAAGAAGUACAAGUGGGAGACUAUAAAGGAUGAUGUUGAGUUUGGCAAUUCUGCUUAUCCAAUGGUGUUAGUGCAAAUUCCAAUGUACAAUGAAAGAGAGGUCUACCAGCUAUCUAUUGGUGCUGCUUGUGGACUUUCAUGGCCGUCUGAUCGCAUCAUCGUUCAAGUUCUUGAUGAUUCAACAGACCCCACAAUCAAGGACUUGGUGGCGCUAGAAUGCCAGAGAUGGGCAAGCAAAGGCAUUAACAUCAAGUAUGAGAUUAGAGACAACAGAAAUGGGUAUAAAGCAGGAGCUCUUAAAGAAGGCAUGAAGCAUAGUUAUGUUAAACAAUGUGACUAUGUUGCCAUUUUUGAUGCUGAUUUCCAACCCGAACCCGAUUUUCUCUGGCGCACCAUUCCAUUUCUUGUCCACAACCCGGAAAUCGCCCUUGUUCAAGCCCGCUGGAAAUUUGUCAAUGCAGAUGAAUGCUUGAUGACAAGAAUGCAAGAGAUGUCAUUGGAUUAUCAUUUCACAGUUGAGCAAGAAGUAGGGUCUGCAACCCAUGCCUUCUUUGGUUUCAAUGGUACUGCUGGUGUGUGGAGAAUUUCAGCACUAAAUGAAUCUGGUGGAUGGAAGGACCGGACGACAGUGGAGGACAUGGAUUUGGCUGUCCGAGCUAGUCUCAGAGGCUGGAAGUUUGUAUAUCUUUCUGACCUAAAAGUGAAGAAUGAAUUACCAAGCACAUUCAAGGCCUAUAGGUAUCAGCAGCACAGAUGGUCUUGUGGACCCGCAAAUCUGUUCAAGAAAAUGGCAAUGGAAAUUUUAAGAAACAAGAGAGUCUCCCUUCAGAAGAAGUUGUAUGUGAUAUACAGUUUCUUCUUCGUCCGGAAGAUUGUGGCUCACAUAGUCACAUUUGUCUUCUAUUGCGUCGUUUUACCAGCAACAGUCUUCGUUCCAGAAGUCGAAGUCCCCAAAUGGGGAGCUGUCUAUAUUCCUUCUACAAUCACUCUCCUGAAUGCAGUUGGAACUCCAAGGUCUCUUCACUUGUUGGUCUUCUGGAUCCUAUUUGAGAAUGUGAUGUCAUUGCACAGAACUAAAGCAACAUUCAUAGGUUUGUUGGAGGCAGGAAGAGUGAAUGAAUGGGUUGUCACUGAAAAAUUAGGUGAUGUUCUUAAGACAAAAUUGGGUGCCAAAGUUCCCAAAAAACCGCGCAUUCGGAUUGGAGAAAGGCUACAUUUGCUGGAACUGGCUGUUGGGGCAUUCCUCUUCUUCUGUGGAUGCUAUGAUCUUGCUUUCGGAAAAAACAGAUACUUCAUUUACCUCUUCCUCCAAUCCAUUGCCUUUUUCGUCGCUGGCAUCGGUUAUGUUGGCACCUUUGUACCUAACGCCUAGCAGAAAAAACCAAUGCAAGAAUUGUUUCAGGAGUUUUCUUUCUCUUAUGUCAAACAAAUUACUAUACCAUUGUAUCAUCUUUAUAGAGAAAUUUUACAUCUGAGCUCAGGUUUUGAA